AUGCGUCGAUCGGCGGCGUCUGUUUCCGGCGGUUUAUCGACUUCCCCGGUGGGUCUAAAGCAGAAGCAAGCUGAUCUAUUUCCAGAGGAAGAUUGUGCUCCUAGUGUUUCGGUUUAUGUUCCAACCAUCCGGUCUGGAAGCUACGCUGAUAUCGGUCCAAAGAAAUACAUGGAAGACGAACACAUUUGCAUAGACAAUCUAUCUUCCCAAGUUGGGUCUCCUUGUGAAUUGCCAAAUCCAAGUGCUUUCUAUGCGGUUUUUGAUGGUCAUGGAGGAUCAGAAGCAGCAGCUUAUGUACGGCAGAAUGCGAUUAAGCUAUUCUUCGAAGAUGAUAACUUUCCACAAACUUCCGAAGUGGAUAGUGUUUAUGUGGAAGAAGUUAAGACUUCGUUGAGAAAUACGUUUCUUCAGACUGAUUUGGCUUUGGCAGAGGAUUGCAGUAUUAGCCCUUUCUGUGGUACCACUGCUAUUGCUGCUCUUAUUUUCGGAAGACUCUUAAUGGUGGCAAAUGCCGGAGAUUGCAGAGCGGUUUUAUGCAGAAAAGGCAUAGCGAUAGACAUGUCUGAAGACCAUAAACCUAUCAAUCUACAAGAGAGAAGAAGAGUGGAGGAAUCCGGUGGCUUCAUUGAUUCUGAUGGUUAUUUAAAUGGGUUCUUAUCUGUAUCCCGAGCUCUCGGCGACUGGGGCAUGAAACUCCCACAUGGCUCUCAGUCUCCACUUAUUUCUGAACCCGAAAUCAAACAGAUAAGUCUAACCGAGGAUGACGAGUUUCUUGUCAUCGGGUGCGACGGGAUUUGGGAUGUCUUGACGAGCCAAGAAGCGGUUAGCAUUGUAAAGCGCGGAUUAAACAGACAUGACGAUCCCACAAAAUGUGCUCGAGAGCUUGUGAUGGAAGCUCUGAGGCUGAACACGUUUGAUAACUUAACCGCAGUUGUGGUAUGUUUUGCGACGGUGGACCGAAAGGACGUGCCAGUGGUUCCGCUAGAGAGGAGACGGUGUUUUAGUCUAUCGGCAGAGGCUCUCCAUAGACUGAGGAACAUGUUGGAUGGCUGA